CCAUUCCAAGUCCGGAAGCCGAAGGACUCUUUCUCUCUCUCUCUCUCUCUCUCUCUCUCUCUCUCUGUCUUUCUUUCGGUUCCGGGCCGAAAGCUUCUGGACACCAAAAUCCAGGGACAAAGUCCACUCUCCAUAUAUCUCUGUUUCUCUUCUCUAAUAAGGGUAUAGUUUACUUUUACUUACAAAAAAAAAAAAAAGGGGUAUAGAUAUAGAUAGGUGGAUUUGAAUAUUGACUGAAUUAUUUUGAGUUCGAGAAUGGGAACUCCGGAAUUCCCAGAUCUCGGUAAGCAUUGCUCCUUUGACGAUUGCAAACUCAUCGAUUUCUUGCCCUUCACAUGCGAUCGCUGCCGCCAGGUGUUCUGUUUGGAGCACCGAAGCUACAUCAAACACAGUUGUCCAAAUGCUGACAGACAAGAUGUCACUGUUGUCAUCUGCCCACUCUGUGCCAAAGGAGUUCGCCUAAUUCCUGAUGAAGACCCAAACAUUACUUGGGAGACACAUGUCAACACCGAGUGUGAUCCGUCAAAUUAUGAGAAAGUCACAAAGAAGAAAAAAUGCCCUGUCCCUGGUUGCAAGGAUAUCCUAACAUUCUCAAACACAAUCAAGUGCAGGGACUGCUUGGUAGACCAUUGUUUGAAGCACAGGUUUGGACCCGACCACAAAUGUCCUGGGCCGAAGAAAUCAGAAGCAGGUUUCCCAUUUAUGGGUCUUUUAAGUAGGAGUAGAAAAGAAGAGUCAAAACCCAAACGAGCUCCAACUUCAUCUUCCUCCGCGUGGGCUACAAGCAUUCUUAAUGCAGCUUCAACAGUUCGAGCCUCAGCUGAAGCAAGCAUGUCAAAAUUGAGCACUGAAAUUAGCCAAAAGUGGCAGAUCGCAAAGGAUGGGAUGGGGCAGAGCAGCAGCAGCAGUGGUGGGAUUGGACAAGAGGAGUGCCCACAGUGUGGUGCAAAGUUCUCCUCUGUUACAACUCUGGUGGAGCAUGUGGAGAAAGUCCAUGAAAGGAAUGGCAAUCGACCUGGGGUGAAGAAGGUGACAAUUGAUGUCUGCCCAAAGUGUAGUAGGGGAUUUCGUGAUCCAGUGUCUCUUGUGCAGCAUGUUGAGAGGGACCAUGGUGGUACUUCAAGAACUUAGGUAUGAUUGUCAAAACAGCAAAGUGUAGUGUACUUUUGGAGAAAGUGCAUAUACUUUUACGCAUUGCUUGGAUUUAAGACUCUGAAAAAUGCAAAUAUUUUCUGAGCAUUCAAUCAAUCAUUGGAAUUGUUAAAUCGUAAGUUUUAAUGCAAAAUGCUUUGUUCAUUGUGAAAUCAAUCGUUGACCAUGAAGUUGUAUUUCUAGUUAAUUGUUAUUGGCGGCCUAUUUUCUUGUGAAGAGGGUAUAGAAAUGAGCAGAGAUCACCAACCUAUUUGGAAUUA